AUGGCCUCAGACAUAGUCACAAGGGAACUUAAACAGCCCAUCAACCUCGUCGAGUAUCUGUAUCGGCGCCUGCACGAGGUGGGAAUUCGCUCGGUCCACGGAGUGCCUGGCGAUUACAACCUACAGGCUCUAGAUUAUCUGCCCCAAUGCGGAUUGUCAUGGGCGGGGAACUGCAAUGAGCUCAAUGCCGGAUAUGCCGCCGAUGGCUAUGCCCGAGUCAAGGGCAUGGCUGCAUUGAUCACGACUUUCGGUGUUGGAGAGCUUUCGGCACUUAACGCAAUUGCUGGAGCAUACUCAGAAUACGUUCCGAUAGUCCAUAUUGUUGGCCAGCCCCAUACAGCUUCCCAAAAGGAUGGCAUGCUAUUGCACCACACGCUUGGAAAUGGUGACUACAAUGUGUUCGCGGAUAUGAGCGCGAGAAUCUCAUGUGCGACGGCCCGCUUAAAUGACCCAAUUGACGCUGCAACAUUGAUUGAUAAUGCUAUACGAGAAUGUUGGAUCCAAAGCAGGCCCGUUUAUAUCACUCUCCCCACGGACAUGGUGUUGAAAAAGAUUGAGGGCCAGCGGCUAGAGACCCCGUUGGACCUUAAGAGGAAACCAAAUGAUCCCGAGAAGGAGGAGUACGUGGUGAACCUGGUCUUGAAAUACUUGCACGAGGCAAAAGAUCCUAUUAUUUUGGUCGAUGCGUGCGCCAUCCGCCAUCACGUACUUGAAGAGGUGCACGAUCUCGUACAUAAAUCUGGGUUACCUACCUUUGUCGCCCCGAUGGGUAAAGGAGCCGUAAAUGAAACACAUGCAAACUAUGGAGGAGUCUAUGCGGGCGACGGCUCAAACAAUGGUGUGCAAAAACGAGUUGAGCAGUCCGACCUAAUACUCAGUAUUGGAGCUAUCAAGUCAGACUUCAACACGGCGGGGUUUACUUACCGUAUCGGGCAGCUAAAAAGCAUCGACUUCCACAGCUCUUUCGUGAGAAUACGCUAUUCAGAGUAUCCCAAUAUCAACAUGAAGGGUGUGCUACGAAAAGUGAUAGAUCGGCUAGGAAAAUUGAACGUGGGCGAAAUCCCACACAUCUCCAAUGCCCUUCCCGAACACGAACUGGAUUCGAGCGAUCAAACUAUAACGCAUGCAUGGCUCUGGCCAAAUGUGGGCCAGUGGCUCCACGAAAAUGAUAUCUUUAUAACCGAGACGGGGACGGCGAACUUUGGCGCAUGGGAAACCCGUUUCCCAAGGGGGGUUGUUGCUAUCAACCAGACACUUUGGGGAUCAAUCGGGUACUCUGUAGGUGCUUGUUUUGGUGCAGCUCUAGCUGCAGAAGAACUCAAGGCCAAUCAACGGACUGUUCUUUUUGUUGGUGACGGUAGUUUCCAACUGACUGCACAAGAAGUGAGCACUAUGCUGAGAAAGAAGUUGAAACCUAUCAUGUAG